UCUGGGUGGCUCAACCCCGCCUCUCAGUUGAGGGCUCUGAAGGGUGCACCUGCGGCGCUGCACAUUCCAGGAUGGCUACCCUGGUUGUAAACAAACCCGGAGCGGGUCUAGACAGUGGCCGGCAAGGGAGCCGGGGGACGGCUGUGGUGAAGGUUCUGGAGUGUGGAGUUUGUGAAGAUGUCUUUUCUUUGCAAGGAGACAAAGUUCCUCGCCUUCUGCUUUGUGGCCACACAGUCUGUCAUGACUGUCUUACUCGACUACCUCUUCAUGGAAGAGCAAUACGUUGCCCAUUUGACCGACAAGUUACAGACCUAGGAGAUUCAGGUGUCUGGGGACUGAAAAAAAAUUUUGCUCUACUGGAGCUUUUAGAACGACUGCAAAAUGGACAUAUUGGUCAGUAUGGAGCUGCAGAAGAAGCCUUUGGGAUAUCUGGAGAGAGCAUCAUUCGUUGUGAUGAAGAUGAAGCUCACGUUGCAUCUGUGUAUUGCACUGUGUGUGCAACUCACUUGUGUUCAGAGUGUUCUCAAGUUACUCAUUCUACGAAGACAUUAGCAAAGCACAGGCGAGUCCCUCUAGCUGAUAAACCUCAUGAGAAAACCAUGUGCUCUCAGCACCAAGUUCAUGCCAUUGAGUUUGUUUGCUUGGAAGAAGGUUGUCAAACUAGCCCACUCAUGUGCUGUGUCUGCAAAGAAUAUGGAAAACACCAAGGUCACAAGCAUUCAGUAUUGGAACCAGAAGCUAACCAGAUCCGAGCAUCAAUCUUAGAUAUGGCUCACUGCAUAAGGACCUUUACUGAGGAAAUCUCAGAUUAUUCCAGAAAAUUAGUUGGAAUUGUUCAGCACAUUGAAGGAGGAGAACAAAUAGUGGAAGAUGGAAUUGGAAUGGCUCACACAGAACAUGUACCAGGUACUGCAGAAAAUGCCCGAUCAUGUGUCCGAGCUUAUUUUUCUGACCUACACGAAACGCUGUGUCGUCAAGAAGAAAUGGCUCUAAGUGUUGUUGAUGCUCAUGUUCGUGAAAAACUGAUUUGGCUUCGGCAGCAGCAAGAAGAUAUGACUAUUUUGUUGUCCCAGGUUUCAACAGCAUGUCUCCAUUGUGAAAAGACUUUGCAGCAGGAUGAUUGUAGAGUUGUCUUGGCAAAACAGGAAAUUACAAGGUUAUUAGAAACAUUGCAGAAACAGCAACAGCAGUUUACAGAGGUUGCAGAUCAUAUCCAGCUGGACGCCAGCAUCCCUGUCACUUUUACAAAGGAUAAUAGAGUUCACAUUGGACCCAAAAUGGAAAUUCGAGUUGUUACAUUAGGAUUAGAUGGUGCUGGAAAAACCACUAUUUUGUUUAAGUUAAAACAAGAUGAGUUCAUGCAGCCCAUUCCAACAAUUGGUUUUAAUGUGGAAACUGUAGAAUACAAAAAUCUAAAAUUCACUAUUUGGGAUGUAGGUGGAAAACACAAAUUAAGACCAUUGUGGAAACAUUAUUACCUUAAUACCCAAGCUGUUAUAUUUGUUGUUGAUAGCAGUCACAGAGACAGAAUUAGCGAAUCACACAGUGAACUUGCGAAGUUGUUAACAGAAAAAGAACUCCGAGAUGCUUUGCUCCUGAUUUUUGCUAACAAACAGGAUGUUGCUGGAGCACUGUCAGUAGAAGAAAUCACUGAACUUCUCAGUCUCCAUAAACUAUGCUGUGGCCGUAGCUGGUAUAUUCAGGGCUGUGAUGCUCGAAGUGGUAUGGGGCUGUAUGAAGGGUUGGACUGGCUCUCACGGCAACUCGUGGCUGCUGGAGUGUUGGAUGUGGCUUGAGUUUAAAUGCAGCAGCUGUUUAAAGCUUGUGGCUAAGAGUUAUUUUGCACAUAAUACGUUGUAAGAAAUUCUACAUCUCAAAUAUAAUUAAUUUAGGAUGUUUAUGUAAAAGAACCUUGGACUGGGAACUAAGUCUGCUAUUGCUUUUAAAAAAUUAUUCUGUGGCAAAGUUUAAAUGUCUGAGCAGAUUAGAUUGGUCUAAAUAGAGCUUUCUCACAUACACCUUCUUCUAAAAAGUACAUUUGCUAUUUAAGUUUUUCAGAUUAUAUGUGACCCAUAUAUUGGGAGAGUAGUCAGAGAAAGGAUAAGUGGAGGUUUUUUCUUUCUGUGGAAAAGAAAAAACUCAGUUCCAUUAGUCAACUGAGUGCCUAAUGGAACCUCUGUGUGGAACAAGGGAAGUACAGCUUCUUUAAACUUCCUUUUCACUGAAUUUUGGCAGUACUUGAUAGAUAUGGCAGUUGCUUAAUAGAAUCUAAACUGCUAGGAUUACCUUACAAUAGAACACCUUUAAUGCUAAGACCUAUGGACUAUAAAAAAUUAAUAUUUUAUACAAUGUUUUAUUAAAACUUUCUCCUAAAGCAUUUUCUAUAAAACACAGAAACAUUAUCUAAGUAGUCUGUUAGACUCAUACUAAAUUGAAGAAUAAUAAAGCUGUGAAAGUCAUUUGAUCUUCACUUAUGAAAGCCCUAUUUCCUAGCUUAACCUAGCCAGGUCAGAGCUCUAAAUAGGUCCUUCUGUUUUUCACUACACUUACUUAGGUUUCUUCCUAAAUAAUACUGUAUACUUUAUGGAGAUGACUAUAUGUAAAAUAUAGAAACUCACACAAAGAACCAGGGUCAGUUUAUAUAACAGAUACAGAGACCUAAAUAGAAAACUACUUGUACCUUAAAAGAAGUUGUUCAGACUGUUGGGAAUGCCUAUUACUUAAUUACUUUAAAAUA